AUUAGCUGAAAUAAUGACUCGUGUUCUGGAACGAUUUUAUGCACUUCUCCUGCUUCUCAUGCAUGCUGCAGGACCCGUCCUCGGAUUCAACAAUACCUCUGAAAUAAAGUGCAAUGAGAGGGAGAGACAAGCACUCCUCAGCUUCAAACUUGACCUCGUAGAUGUCAAUGGCAUGCUUUCUACAUGGAGGGAUGAUGAAAAAAGUCGAGAUUGUUGCAAAUGGAAAAACAUUCAAUGUGACAAUCAAACAGGUCUUGUAACCAUCCUUCGUCUUCGUGGUUCUGAGACACAAUAUUUGAGAGGUGCACUCAAUAUCAGUUCAUUGUUUCCCUUGCAAAAUAUUCAAUAUUUAGAUCUCAGCUACAAUUUUUUUAUGGGCAAUGACAUCGCAGAACUCAUAGGCUCACUUACAAACUUAAGAUAUCUCAAUCUCUCCAAUUCUUUUUUUAGUGGCAGCAUUCCUAUCCAACUUGGAAGCCUUACACAUUUAAGGUAUCUCGAUCUCAGUUACAAUUAUCUCGACCAGGAACUCCCUUAUCAGCUUGGAAGCCUUAAAUAUUUAAGGUAUCUCGAUCUCAAUUAUAAUUAUCUUGAAGGGAAACUCCCUAGUCAACUUGCAAAUAUGUCACAGUUGAGAUACCUUGGUCUCAGUUGUAAUUACUUUUCUGGAGCACUCCCUUUCCAGGUUGGGAAUUUUCCUUACUUGCAAACUCUUAUACUUGCUGGUGAUUUUGAUGUCAAACCUAAGGAUGCCAAAUGGUUGUCUAAUCUCUGUUCAUUAACACAUCUUGCCUUCGAUGGUUUACGUAACCUUCACUGGUUUCAAAUGUUUCAUUGUACUAAGCUAAGAGAGUUGAGACUAGUUGACUGUUCUCUUUCAGAUACCCAUAUUCAUUCUCUAUUUUAUUCACCUUCCAACUUUUCCAAUUCUCUUACCAUCCUUGAUCUUUCUUCUAAUAUGCUCACAUCCUCAUCAUUUCAGUUGUUGUCUAACUUUAGCCUUAACCUUCAAGAGCUUUAUCUUUCUCAUAAUAACAUUGUUUUCUCAUCUCCUGUCUUCUCAAGUUUUCCUUCUCUUGUGAUCCUUGACCUUUCUUAUAAUAAUAUGACAUCAUUUAUCUUUCAGGGUAGUUUCAACUUCAGUUCAAAACUUCAAAAUCUUAAUUUGCGAAAUUGUAGUCUCAGGGAUGGUAGUUUUCUCAUAUCUAACAUUUCAAUUACGAAUUCUUCAUCUUCUCUUGCCUCGCUUGAUCUUUCCUCAAAUCUGUUAAAAUCAUCAUCCAUAUUUUACUGGCUCUUCAACUCCACUACCAAUCUUCGUACUCUUGACCUUUAUGAAAACGUGUUGGAAGGUCCCAUUCCAGAUGGAUAUGGGAAAGUAAUGAAAUCUCUUGAGUUUCUUGACCUCUAUGGUAACAAACUGCAAGGCGAGAUUCCAUCUUCCUUUGGGAACAUGUGCACAUUGCAGAGAUUAGACCUCUCAAAUAACGAGUUGAGUGGGGAAAUUUCAAGCUUAUUUCAAAAUUCUUCAUGGUGCAACAGACACGUGUUUCAGAGUUUGGAUUUAUCUAAUAACCAGGUUACAGGCAUGCUACCUACAGUCAUUGGAUUGCUAUCUGAGUUGGAGUACUUGUACUUGGAUGGAAAUCGUUUGGAGGGUGACGUCACUGAAUCCCAUCUUUCCAAUUUUUCCAAGUUAAGACACUUAUAUUUGUCAGAUAACUCUCUAUCUCUAAAAAUAGACCCUAAUUGGGUUCCUCCUUUCCAAUUAUAUGUUCUGAAACUAAAAUCUUGCAUGUUAGGCCCCACUUUUCCUAGUUGGCUCCAGACUCAACUCUCCUUAGCUUUUCUUGAUAUUUCUUAUAAUGGGCUGAAUGGUUCAGUACCAAAAUUGUUUUGGAACAACUUGGAAAAUGUGCAAUGUUUGAAUAUGUCUCAGAAUAAUCUCACCGGUGCAAUUCCUAAUACAUCGAUGAAGCUUCUCAAUAGACCAUUUAUAAUUCUGAAUUCGAAUCAGUUUGAAGGAAAAAUUUCAUCGUUUUUACUACAAUCUUCAGAGUUGAGGCUUUCUGACAAUAAAUUUUCAGAUCUAUUUUCAUUCAUAUGUGACCAAAGCAGCUCUGCAAUGACUAUUUUAGAUUUAUCAAACAAUCAAUUGAAGGGAAAACUCCCAGAGUGUUGGAAACAUGUAAAUCGGUUACUGUUUCUUGAUUUAAGCAAUAACAAAUUGUCAGGGAAGAUUCCUGUGUCCAUGGGCAGCCUCGUUAAAUUGGAAGUCUUGGUCUUACGGAACAAUAACCUAACGGGUGAAUUAGCUUCCACUUUGAAGAACUGCAACAAUUUAACUACAUUGGAUGUGGGUGAAAAUAUGUUGUUUGGUCCCAUUCCAUCAUGGAUCGGAGAAAGUAUGAAGCAGUUAAUAAUUUUGAACAUGCGAAAGAAUCACUUUUCUGGAAAUCUUCCCAGUGAACUCUGUUAUUUGAAGCAUAUUCAAUUCUUGGAUCUUUCAAAGAAUAUGUUAUCAAAAGGAAUCCCAACAUGCUUAAACAAUUUGACUGCAAUGUUUGAAAAGAGCAUCCACACACGUGGGUUUAUAAAUUAUAUAAAAUUGCUGAACAUGAAUGGUGUAUUUUAUACAAGUUUUCCUUCGGGCGAGUAUACCCUUAACAUAAGCCUGAUGUGGAAAGGGGUUGAACAGGGAUUCAAGAACCCAGAGUUAAAGCUUAAGAGCAUUGAUCUUUCAAGUAAUAAGUUGACGGGUGAAAUACCAAAAGAGAUCAUAUCUACUUGGGUUAGUUUCUUUGAAUUUAUCAAGAAAUAAUCUGAGCGGAGAAAUUCCUUCAGAGAUAGGAAAUUUAAGUUCAUUGGAGUCCCUUGACUUAUCAAGAAAUCAUAUCAAUGGUGGAAUUCCUUUCUCACUUUCUGAAAUUGAUUUUCUUAGUUAGAUCUGUCACACAACUCUCUGUCUGGAAGGAUACCAUCAGGAAGACACUUUGGAACUUUUGAUGUAUCUAGUUUUAAAGGGAAUGUUGGUCUUUGUGGUGCACAACUUAACAGAACUUGUCCUGAAGAUGGAAAUCAGACAACAAUAAAGACUGAAGAACAUGGAAAUGAUGAUGAAGAUAAUGUUUUGUAUGAGGCAUUGUACAUGAGCAUGGGGAUUGGAUAUUUCACUGGAUUUUGGGGCUUAUUCGGGACAAUGCUACUUUGGCGUUCUUGGAGAAAUACUUUUCUCAGAUUCCUAAACAGGUUGACAUAUGCUAUAUAUGUGUUGUUGGUGCUCUGAUUGCAAGAAGAAGGUUAUUGCAGUUGUGCUACACGCGCAUCCGAUUGAUCUCGGGUGAAGGAAAUCAUGAUUGGUAUAUAUACAAGUGCAAGAUAUGUAUUCAGUGUUAUAGUUUGAAUGUUUUUAGUAAGUAAUUU